AUGGCGAAAAGUGCUUUAUUCAUCAUUCUUCUGCUGGUCCGAGUUCAGUGCGCAGCGGGAGCACUAGCAGAUUUAUCUGAUGGAUUCUGUCGGAGUUACAAGUUUGGAACUUCCGUUGCAAACGAUAUUCUCUAUCUUAUCGACCUGGAUGGAGGACUUAUUCCAGGCGAUGGCGAUGCGUCGAACAACUAUCUCGUCCAGUUGGACCUCACUCAGGAAUUCUAUGUCAACAAUGGGUCCCAUUAUAAGAUGAGCUUGGUCCCGUCUAAUAUCCCUAAACUGAAAGACCAGGCACUAUGGUCCAGUCAGGAUAAUGCCACCCUUUUUGCUUAUGGAGGCCGUGGUAUACGCAAUACGUCCUCAGACAAUGGGAUCUGGACAUAUAAACCUCAAACAAGGUCAUGGAGCCUUCAACAGACUGGUAUUAUUGCUGUGCGUCGUUUAGGAGGGGCUUAUGUGAAUGCCCCUGCUAUCCAAAGUGCCUUCUGGCUGGGUGGAUAUCAAUCCAGUGAUACAACGGAGACCAUUACAGACGAAUCUCUGCACUAUUUAGAUAAAAUGAUUAAACUUAAUACUACCACAGGCCAAGUCACAGAAGUCAGUGCCCUAUCUAACCCGGUUCAGCAGGGCGCUCUGGUAUACAUACCCGUUGGGGAAUUGGGUAUCUUGGUAUUCAUGGGUGGUGAAGUACCCUCUGAUAAAACUGGCGUCGACCUGACGUAUACACCGGUAACUCCUCACGAACCUAUGGGCAAAAACACGUUCUAA